GAGCAUGCCUAGCCCGCGGGUCACGUGACGUCUGUCAUGGCCGCUUCCGUAUCGCGGGGCGGCGUGAAUGCGGGGUUCCUCCUGCGGGCAGCCAGGGGUACCUGGUGGAGCCGCCCUGGGGCCUUUUGGGGGUCGGGGGAGGCGGCAGCGCCAGCGACAGUCAGGAAAUUCCGGGUGACAGGCUCGAGCCCAGCGCGGGAGGAGGAAGCCAGUGGUCCCGAGCGGCCCGGGGACGUGGUGAACGUGGUGUUUGUAGACCGGUCAGGCCAGCGGAUUCCGGUGAGCGGCAGAGUUGGGGACAAUGUUCUACACCUGGCCCAGCGCCAUGGGGUGGACCUGGAAGGGGCCUGUGAAGCCUCCCUGGCCUGCUCCACCUGCCACGUCUACGUAAGUGAGGACCACCUGGACCUUCUGCCUCCUCCUGAUGAAAGGGAGGACGACAUGCUGGACAUGGCCCCCCUCCUCCAGGAGAACUCCAGGCUGGGCUGCCAGAUUGUGCUCAUGCCCGAGCUGGAAGGAGCUGAAUUCACCCUCCCCAAGAUCACCAGGAACUUCUACGUGGAUGGCCAUGUGCCCAAGCCCCACUGACACGGGCAGUUGGACUCCCAUGGUCCCAGAUACCCAUAGCUCCAGCACCAGGACUGGAGGAAGAGCUAAGUUGCCAGCCCAGCCCAGAGCUUGGACAGGCCGGAGAGACAUGUCAGAAGCAUCCAGAAGACCAAACAAAGCCCUUGCUUCAGAGAGACCCCAUGGCCAGGCUCUGGUGGUGGACAGGGCCCCUGCUGUGGUGACCACCCCCAAACUCCUGAGAAUGGGAGUGUAGAUGGGUGGAAUUGAGUUGGAGUGACAAUAAAACGGUUUCACAGAC